CAAACAGUAGUUUAUGUACAGAGUGAUUCGUUAGGAUAUGAAUAACAAUGGGCGCGUUGACGGAUACGUCUUAUAAUUACAUCGCUACUUCUACGCUCUUGACGGAGCAGUCGGUCAUUUUUAAUUAAUGAUAUCUUGAAUAUGAAAUGGAGAUAAAGUUAGCUACUUUGAAUUUAAAUUUAUAAAUUGCACAUUUUGUUUCAUUUUUUUGUCCGGAAUAGCAGGCGGAUUUGAGUGUUUUCGAAAGAAAGGACUUGGAAGGAUUAGCCAGUAUUUCGUAUAAAAGAAGUUCUUUUUAGGGACUGAUUUUUCAAUUUUCAGCUCAUUUUUUUAUACCUACAGAUAACGCUUGCCGACUAUAUCUGUUGGCCGUCACAAGUCCUGGAAAUAUUUGAUUACGCAGGCCAUUGAAUAAAAAAUUAAUUUAUUCUAUGCCCAGGCCUAUGAUUACAAAUUCAUAAUCAUGUGAACAUAUGAAUAAUUUUCAUAGACGUAAGGCAAACGUUCAUAAUUUUGAUAAUUUAUUAUAAUUAAAAUACCUAGGGUGCACAUGGGCGCCCCAUUCGCAUUUACCGUCGUUAACCCCCCCGUAACGGAUUUAUUGUUUAUCAAUGCCAAAUCAUUAUCGCGAUUUAAAUUACGAACUUCAAGUGAUAAUGGUUGGGGAUUCCUGAUGUGCAUUGAAUUUAACGGCAGAUCCAAAAUCAUCUCGGAAAGAAAAAGAUAGGGUGUGACUUAGAUCUUUCUUGUGCGACUUGUAUGAUCGAGAAUAUGUAUACCCUUAAUUAGAGGGAACGUUUAUUAAAAUUUAAGGGUGGGAUACAUAAUAACUGAAGUAUCUUCGCGCCAAUUGUCUCAUCACUAAAGGGUCCGAGCUAAUGCGCCCAUGCUAAAGUGGCGGCCUCAAAAUGUCAUAGUCCAUCAAAGUCUGUUAAAGACUGUGAGAAAUACUGCCUUUUUUUGUUUACCGCCGCCACCAUGUUACAUUAAUUAUCAAAAAGAGGCCUUAAGUAUUUGAUCUUGUAUUAAAUAACCAAUUAUUGGCAAUCUAAGUGAUCUCCAGUAUUUAAAUAUUUCGUUAACAGCACUCUUAGAUGCGCGCCACCCUGUAUACUUGUAAAAUGCAUAAAUUUAAAAAACCUUUCUUAUUGGAACGAAAAUGAAAUUAAUUUAAAAAGUUGCAUAAUAAUUAAACAGGUAAAACGUUGACGUAUAAAGUGUAACGUACGCGUUUAGUUUGUUAGUAAACACCAUCCAAGUAAAUCGUGUCAUUGUAUAAAGAAUGUCAAGAAUGUCAUUUAUUCAAACACAAACACGAUUAAUAAGACUAAUUUAAGACCACUUUAAUCGUGACACACCCAAUUUCAUUUAGUUAACUUCCUCCCUUUUACCAUUUAUAUAAAGAAGAACGAAACGUGCGAAGUAGUUUCAAAAAUUCGAGGGAAAUUUUAAUUAAUAACCGAUCAUUGAUGAAAUUUUGAACAAACGGGAAUCGACCAAUAAGACGAAGUCGUUUCCGCCAUUUAAAUUUGUUUGUGUUCUUGCGCGGUAUUUAAUGACUGGGAGGGGUUGAGAAAAAUUAAUAAAGAAGGGCUAGGCAGUCGUUUGGGUGAAAAACAUGAAUGGAAAUGAGGUGUUUUCCGGUUAUUUAGAUGUUAAAGUGUCUGCACGAUCUCGUCGCGGUUUCACCCCUUGGAAGGCAUGGCACAAGCAAUGGUGCGAGAUAAAACGUUUAGAUUGUAUGGAAAAUGGUGCUAAAUUAAUCUUAAAGACGGCAGCAGAAGGAUCAGUUAUCAGUUCUGUUAUUUUACCUCGUUCCUCUACAGUUUGUCGGAUAAAAUCGCACACGAAAAGUUUCGCAUUCGGUGUAUUUACGCUUGGCCGGAAUCAGAAACCAAUUUUAUUUCUCUCGGGUAGCUCGGAAACUGACACACAAAAAUGGAUGGCAUACAUUCGAAAGAUCUUAAUGGUAGCUUCGUAUAUUCCAGUUGGCAGCCUAAACUUUCACGUCUCAUUAGUCGAUAAUGAUCACUCUAGAGCGGCGGGAGUGUACGGUUUAUUUGGCAUUUUAAGCGCUAAUUCCCAAGAAAUCUCAAUCAGCGAUCCAAUUACCGGCGAUAACGUAGUCAAGUGGAGCUGGAUUAAUUUUCAUCAAUUUCACCUGCAGGCACAUACGCAUCCUGACGACGAAAAUACCAUUUGUGUCAUGCACACUAGCAAGGAAUUCACAUCUGGGGCGGGACAAAUAUAUUUUUAUUGCGAAGACGGUCCUAAAUUACUCGAAUUGUUGGUGACACGUGGGAAAAGUCGAAAAUUAAAUCACCUCUUUGCAUCGUCGCAAAGGUUAAGCCAAAGCGAAAGCGAUUUAAAUAAGUCAAACGACGCAUUUUAUUCGCUGCGACAUUUUAGUAACAGUGAUGAUUCCGGAGUGCGUGUAUCUAUUUCUUCAGAUGAUUAUGGAUGUCGUAUGAAAAGUAAGACGUUAAGCAUGAAUGGAUUGUUAUCUAAAACACCUGGUGGAAGUGAAACUGAAGAUGACGACACAGACAUAAACCAAAUCUAUAUUGAAUCCAAGAUACCAAGAGGUGAAUCUGGCGUAUCUCUAGCUUCUGGUGUAUAUGAAGAGAUUCCCGAACUCCUACCCGAUUUGAGUAAACCUAUGAAUAUGACCACCUCGCUUAAUAUCUACACAAACAGCCACAUGAUUCAUUUAUACGAAGAUCCCGAAGAAGUAGCGGCCAGUAUUUUAAGAAAAUAUGGAAAAGUGCGUGCUCCACCACCAUUACCACCACGUAUUUAUAGUAAUAUAGACAAGGACUGUGAUAUUGCAACUGCGCCAAAUCCAUCGAAAUUAUCGACAAAUUUCAUCGGUAAAUACAGGUCACAUACGUUACCCGCGAAAGAUCUGAGAAGGCUCUCGCAAACUUUCUCUUGCGAUUCCGAUUACAUGGUUAUGACACCAAAGAAUAAAAAGAAAGCCAAAGAUAGUAUAGUCGUUGAGAGUGUGUAUGUACCGAUGUCUCCUAUUGCCGCAUUAAAGACGAAACUAGAAAAUUGUUAUAUGGUAAUGAGCGGGAAAAAAUGUUAACGUUUCUUCCUUGGCGUCCAUUUAGUACAUAUCAAAUUUUUUUGGAAAUAUUUACAUCUUUUGGUACUGUUGCUCAAUUUUGUGAGAUGUGGUCGAUAUGAGCUUUGAUCUCAACUUAAAAGUAUUAUUUUGCGCGCCUAUUCUUUUCUUAUAGCGAAGUUACACCAUUUAAAUUGGUAGUGUGAUGUUUCUAUUAUCUUUUUUUUACAAAGACUGCUUUUGUUAUACUUGGAAUCAGGAAAUUAUGUGCUCACGUGACUGUGGAAUGGAAUUUCACAAGUUAAAACGGAUAUAUUCACCUUUCUUAGGAUUUUAUUGGACUUGGAGAAAGGUAAAUAUAUCUGUUAUGUCAAGUGGUCCAAGUGUAAUUCGAUUUCACAGACAGGUGAAGGUAACUUUCCGCGACUCCUAGUAUACUACGUAAUUGUUAAUCUCUGAAUUGCAUAGUGUAAAUUACUGAAUUGUCAAAUGAAUGCAUUUCAAUUUAUGCUCUCUUGCCACGCAAUCUAUUUUGUUUUUUUUAAUUGUAGAGGUAUUGUUGAUUUAUUUAUUUAUAUUUAGGUGAUAUUAGAAAGAGGGGUUAUUAAGAUUUUUUUAAAUAGGUAUUCUUCCAAAUAUAUAUAAAUGAAGAAAUAUGUAUGAUUCAUUUAUAAACGA